AUGGCGUCGCUCACCUGCAGCCGCGCCCUUGUGGAGAUUGCCGAGGACGAGCCGGAGGAUGUGGCCGUGCGCAGGUACAUGAAGGCCGUGAUGCAGUCGGGCGUGAUCAACAAGCUGCGCGCCCUGAGGCGCAAGGAGACCAAGAUCGAGACCUACAAGCGCAAGCUGCAGGAGCGUGCCCAGGCCCGCAGGCUGGGCAUCCAGGAGCCGACCUGGGACGAGUUCUACGGCGAGAACUCGCUCUUCGACAGCGGCGCCGCGCCCUUCGAUGACUUCUUCAAGAGCCCCGAUGAGGACUUUGAUGUGUUCGACAACGGCAGCCUGCCCAUCCUGGAGUCCCUGGAGUACCAGUCCUACGAGGGCAACACCUGGGGCUACCAGGGCGGCUACCAGCCCACCGGCGCGUACAACCAGCAGCAGCAGCAGCAGCAGCAGCAGCCCGCCGCCGGCAACUGGGCGGGGGCGCCGCAGCAGGGCGACACCUUUGACCUGAACGCCUACCAGGCGCAGCAGCAGGGCGGGUACGUCGAUGAGCAGCAGCAGCAGCAGCCCAACGGCUACCAGUACUAG